AUGUCCACCAGCAGCCGCUACUCCCUGGAUGAGGAGGACGUCUCGCCCCCGGGCAGCUCGUCUUCCCUCGGGCGUUUCCUCCAGCGGCGCCCCGGAGACACUCGCCGCGGGAACUACACCCCCCUGCGCGACCUCACUGCUGCUGGCGCCGCCGCCCGGUCCCGGACGUCCAAUCCCGACUUUAUUGACGCUCAAUUCAACCGGCCGAAUCACCAGAUCCCCUGGAAGUCGGUCUUGGUGGCCAUCAUGCUGUUCGUGCUCGGGGCCAUCCUCCUUACCCUGGCCUCGCUCCUGUUCACCGGGCACCUUGGCGAUGCGAAGCAUGACGACCGCAUCAUCCCACUCUUUGUGCUCGGUUCACUGGUGUUCAUUCCUGGAUUCUACCAUGUGUGGAUUGCGGUCGCCACCUGGCGCGGGCAGUCCGGCUACAGUUGGUCCCAAAUUCCCUCUUUCGAGUAG